AUGGACAUGGACACCGACCGAUCGGACCCGUUCAUGAAAUACCUGGCCGUCGACCGGAACCAGCUCAACGAUCAGCCCACACAGGCGGAAUGGACCCAGAAACGUCUGGUGUGGGUGCCCCACGACAGCCAGGGCUUCGUGUCGGCCGGCAUCAAAGGCGAGCGAGGCGACGAGGUCGAGGUGGAAAUCGCCGAGACCGGCAAGCGUGUGCUCGUCGACAAAGAUGUCAUACAAAAGAUGAAUCCGCCCAAGUUCGACAAGAGCGAAGACAUGGCCGAGUUGACGUGCCUGAACGAGGCCUGCGUGCUGCACAACAUCAAGGACCGCUACUAUUCGGGCCUGAUAUACACAUAUUCUGGCCUUUUUUGUGUAGUGGUUAAUCCAUACAAGAGAUUACCUAUCUACACAGAAAACAUAAUGGAACGUUACAAAGGUAACAAACGACAUGAAGUACCACCACACGUAUUCGCAGUAACUGAUACUGCAUACAGAUCGAUGUUACAAGAUCGAGAAGAUCAGUCAAUACUGUGUACUGGAGAAUCAGGUGCUGGAAAAACCGAGAACACGAAAAAAGUUAUUCAAUACCUGGCUUACGUGGCCGCGUCUAAACCCAAAGGAGUGAUUCAACAUGCUGUGAGUAACCACAUAUCUGUCAUAUAA